UGCAUUCUUCUACAGGCUGAAAUUUGGGGAACAUAACAACAUCGUCAGCUACUUUUGGCGAGAUUCAAUGAUGUUGGAGGACUUCAAAGCAUAUGGAGAUGUUAUGAUAUUUGACACAACAUAUAGGACAAACAAAUAUGGACUGAUAUGUGCACCAUUUGUUGGCAUAAAUUGCCAUUGGAAAACAACAAUGUUUGCAUGUGCUUUCAUAACUAAUGAAAAGGAAGAGAGCUUUGAAUGGCUACUAGAAACAUUCAAGAGAGCAAUGUGCCAACAAGAGCCAAAGACAAUUUUCACUGAUCAAGAUAAGGCAAUGGGCAAUGCAAUUGAAAAGGUUUUCCCAAAUACAAGACAUAGGCUUUGCCUUUGGCAUAUAGAGAAGAACUUUGUAAGCCACUUCGGAUCCCUCAAGACCAAUGAAGACUUCAAGAACAUGUUCAAGAACUGUUUGAUGGGGUGUCAAAAUGAAUCAGGCUUUGAAGAAUUGUGGGCGAAAAUGAUGGAAUUGUAUGGACACGAGAAAAAAGAAUGGUUCGAGCAAGUAUAUGAUCAGAGACACAAGUGGUGCACCGCAUUAAACAGGGAUAUGUUUUCAGCUGGAAUCUUAUCAUCACAAAGAAGUGAAGUCACAAAUAAGGCAAUAUCAUUCAAUGCAAAAGCAACAACAAACCUGUUUGAAUUCUAUCAUAUAUUUGAGCAAACAGUGAAAAGAUGGAGAAGCAAUGAAACUAGUGACAACUUCCGGAACAGAACUGAACGUCCCAAAGCCGUCAAAUCCAAAUCAAAGCUUCUGAAACAUGUAGCUGAUGUAUACACACUAGCACUAUAUAAUGACUUUGAAACAGAGUAUGAGUGGGCAAUGGCAUCAUUUUUACGAGCAUUUGCAACAGAAAACUCACAGCUGAAGUUGUUUGAAGUCUCACCAGAAGAAGAUUUCAGAAUUCACAUACAGUAGCAUACGAUGAGGCGACAACAGAAUUAGUGUGCUCAUGUCAAUGCUUCACAGAGACGGGGAUGCUUUGCUUUCACAUAAUAAGGGUCAUGCACAUGUUCAGCAUAUUUCAAAUACCACAACAAUAUAUCCUUAAGAGAUGGACAAGACUUGCAAAGUCAGCAGUAUGGGAGAAUGUUCAAGGUUAGUGAAAUAAAUCAAUAUGACUAACUGACAAAUGAAAGCAACUAACUGAAAAACUGAAGACUCCAACUGAAACAAUUAACUGAUCACCUGAAAGAUUUAAUUAGUGAACUGAAAAAAAAAGGCUCCAGCUGAAACAUUACUAUAACUAACUGAUAAAUUAAUGUUACUACCAGAACAUUAAUUGGGGGU